UAUGUGUCAAAAAAAACAUCCUGAGCCAGAAUCCGCUACACGGACGCACUUUUGUUGACAACGUCGCCUGAAAGUCGUUUAAUUUCGCGGUUUGGAGCCUUGCUGGCCACACACAGAGAACAUGCCCGGUGACAGGUAACCUUCCCCGGAACUGCUGCUGCCUCUUCAGCCGGCUGAAGGACGGAGCAGGACGGAUACACGCAGAUGGAGAGGCCGAGCAGACUGCUGUUGCUCUCCGAGCUUCGCGUCAGAAACGCGGCGUACGAUGUGAGCCUGAGCCGGUCCUUGCUCACCUGGAAGAGACGGGUUUCCAGCCCCGUUUACCAUCCAUUCAGACCCAGUGUGUGUCACUGCGUGCCAGUGUCAGAGAUCAUCUCUGUCCGAGAGGAAGAGGAUGAGACCAGCAGGAGGCGAAAAAAAGAAGAUGGCAGCUGGAAGAAGAUCGAAGAGAGAGAAGGAAAGGACUGCAGGCAGGCCUUCACAGUGAUGUACGUGGAGAGGAAUCAGCAGCACCGCUGGCGGUGUGCCGAGGUCACCUUCAUCUGUCCAGAGGAGGCGCUGUGUCAACACUGGGUCAGCAGCAUCAGAGAUCAGCUCGCCGCUAUCACCAGCCGACCCAAACACCUGCUGGUCUACAUCAACCCGUACAGCGGGAAGCGGCAGGGCAAACACAUCUACGAGCAGAAGGUGGCGCCGCUGUUCGCCCAGGCAGGAGUCUCCGCGGACGUCAUCGUGACGGCGCACGCCAAUAAUGCGAGGGAUCAUCUGAGGACGGAGGCGGAGCUGAAGAAGUAUGAUGGGGUGGUGUGUGUCGGAGGAGACGGCAUGUUCAGCGAGAUCAUCCACGGCCUGAUCUGGAGGACUCAGAUGGACGGCGGCGUCGAUCCGAACUGUGCGGACGAAGCGCUGGCUUCCUGCUCGCUUCGCAUUGGAAUCAUCCCUGCAGGUUCAACUGACUGUAUCUGCUUCGCUACUGUGGGCAGCAACGACCCCGUGACCUCAGCACUGCACAUCAUUGUUGGAGACUCUCAGCCGAUGGACGUGUGCUCUGUUCACCACAACAACACCUUCCUGCGGUACUCUGUGUCCCUGCUUGGAUACGGUUUCUACGGCGAUGUGUUAACUGACAGUGAGAGGAAGAGAUGGAUGGGACCGGCCAGAUACGACCUCUCAGGUCUGAAGAUGUUUCUCACUCAUCAUUACUAUGAGGGAACAGUGUCCUACCUACCCGCCAGAGGAACCAUGGGUACCCCACGGGAUGUAGCCAGGUGUCGAUCUGGCUGUGUGGUUUGUCAACACAACGGGCACCUUCUCUCAGAGAGAGCCGAGAGGUACGAGAUGGAUGAAACAUCAGACAGCGAGAGUGAUGGCGAGUGGAGGACAAUCAGAGGGAAGUUUCUGGCGAUAAACGCUGCCAGUAUGAGCUGUGCUUGUCCUCGCAGCCCCAAAGGCCUCUCACCUGCAGCUCACCUGGCUGAUGGCACCACCGACCUCAUCCUGGUGCGGAAAUGUUCCCGCUUUGACUUCCUCAGACACCUCCUCAGACACACCAGCAAAGACGACCAGUUUGACCUGACUUUUGUUGAAGUCCACCGUGUGCGUCGUUUCCGCUUCACUCCGCGUCACUGCCAGAGCGACUCCGACCUGGAGCUGGAUCUGCGGGAGCACGGCAAACGACAGAUCUUCAGUCAGAUAUGCAGAGACCACCCAGCUUGUGGCUGUGCCCCCGCCUACAGCAGCUGGAACUGCGAUGGCGAGAUCCUCACCCACACAGCCAUUGAUGUCAGAGUGCAUUGCCAGUUGAUCAAGCUGUUUGCACGAGGCAUAGAAGAACCAACGGUGUUUGAGGAUCUCCCCAACCCCUGUGCAAUAUAAACCCUAAACCCAAAUGAAUCCCUGCAAGACACUGGAGUCUUCUUUUUGUUUUCAACCCCACUGCUUCUGCUGCCAUCAUUGAAAACUGUUACACAACAAAGAUCUCCAGUAAAUAUAGAAAAAAAAACAUCACUUUCUGGCUCUGAAAGUCAUAAACAUUGAUCCCCACUGACAGGUAUUUAGGUGUAGUAACGUCCUGAAUAGCCAGAAAGGCCGUACUUGGAAAUAGAUUUUGAAUUUUUUUCCUGCAUGACGCUGUUGUUUUACUGCCGCACCCAAAUGAAUAUGGGGUGUCUGGCAUCCAAAUUAUUAGUAUUAUUGAUCUCCUGUUUUGCAGAUGAGACCAUGACCUGAUGGUCUUAUCUUGAGGUUACAGAUGUUUUCUGUAAAGGUAAUAUGAUGUAUAAACAAAAGUCAGACGCUUUGGGUGCAAACCAAGUGAUACAAGUGUUUCUGUGUUGCACAAAGCAUUGCUGCCUGAGUCACUGCCUUUAGAGCUGUUACUCUGACUCGUCUCAGUCUUACGGCUGUUUGGAUGUAAACUUGUCUCGACUCAUAGUUCUCUCUGUUUCUCAAGUAGUAAGACUCGGACUUGAUUGAUUCUAACUCAUCUCAGGCUUGUAAGGGACUUGCCUUGUCUCACCCUUGUAUGUAUUUGGUCAGAUCUAGUCUCGACCCUGACUUGCCUGAGUCUUAUGAGGGAUACAAACAGGACUUGUGACUCACAUUGUUCCCAGUCUUGUGAUUGAUAUCACCUGGUCUAGUCGUGACUCUGACUCCUCCGAUUUGGAUGGAUGGAUUUGACUCUUACUCAUCCUGUAUCUAACUUUGCUCCGUCUGGGGAGUUUUUUGACUUGGGCUUGUCUUGACUUUUGCUUGUCCCACUUCUUGCUUGUAAUAUGACUUGGACUUUUGCCGGUCUUGUGAGUAAUUUGACUUGAACUUGUCCUCCCAGAUUUUUCUAUGUCUUGUUAUUCUUUUGACCUGGACUUGUUUAGGCUCUUACAUGUCUCUCUGAAAGAUUUAAUUUUGACAUGACUUGACUCCGUCCUUCGUUUGUGGUUGUUGUAACUUGGAAUAAUAUUGACUCUGACUGAUCUUAUUCUGGUGGUUGGUUUGAGUUGGAUUGGUCUUAACUCUGACUCAUCACAGUCUUGUGAAUGUUUUACUUGGUCUUACCUCUAUCUUCUUUGACUCAGACUUGUUGUGACUCUGGCUUUUCUAGAUCUUAUCAGUGAUUUGACUCAGACUUGUUGUGACUCUAGCUUUCGGUAGUUUGACCCAGACUUGUUCUGACUUUAGCUUAUCGAUGUCUUAUCGAGGAUUUGACCCAGACUUGUUGUGACUAGGUCUUAUCAGUGAUUUGACUCAGACUUGUUGUGACUCUGGCUUAUCAAGGUCUUGACUCAGACUUGUCUAAACCGCAAAGUUCUUGUUUGCGUUUAGAUUUUUUUUUUAAAGAUUAGAAAAUGUUACAUAUUGGCUUAUUUGCAUUUUAAAAAUAGUUUCUAAUUAUUUCAAAUACUCCAAACUGAUCAUGCAUUUUGAAUUAGCUGUUUCAUAUUUUUAAGGAUGCCAGACACCUGCAACUCUUUCUCAGCGUAAAGAUCAUUGUGGGUCAGCAGUUGGUUCAUUGUUUUCAGAUGUUGAACCCCUCUGUGUCCGACGUUUGUGUGAAGGUUUCUGUUACAUUCUGAUUUUAAAUCAGAUCCUUUGAGCUCAAUCUUCACUUUAUUUAUAUUCCUAAAAAUCGAAUCACAUUCAAUCGUUUUUAAUCUUCCAUUUCUGCUGCAUAUGCAAGUAAAAUCACACAAAUAAAAGUGGAUCCUUUUUAAAAACAGCUGCUUUAACACCAAUAGUCCACAAAGAUUCUGCAGGUUUUAUGUCUACGAAAUGAGCUGAGGUUGUAGCUGGAACUUUAAAUGUGUUUUUUUGUCAUAUAACUACAAGAUAAUCAUCUAAGCCAAACAAAAAAUCUUAUUAAAUUCACAUGAAACAAAAAGAAACUUGGGGCAGGCUUUCCCCAAAUGGUUGCAAAAUAAAUCUGAUAAUGAAAAAAGCUACUAAAAAACAAAUUUCUUCUACAUAAGCAUGUAGCCUUAGAGAUAGUCAAUCGACUACUUUAGUCCAGACAUAAAUGGCCAAACAAUAUCCGGACAGGUUGCUUUUAAAGUAUGUACAGCGACAUUCCCCAAUAGAGGCACUGAAAUAAUUUCUGGUGGUUGUUUUUGCUUCUAGUACCACCAUCAGGUCAAAAUUAAAUUUAAAUUGAUCCUGAGCGUUUCUUCUAUACGUAUAAUAGAAAUACAGUCGUAUGUUAACCCUUCACAGCCAGGAAACAAUGCAACCUGUGAGAACAAAUCAUAAAGACAAAGUCAGACAAUGUGGGAAUCAAAUCAUUAAACGUUAGAUUUAUCUACACUAACACUUUUGUAUCUACACAAUCCAAAAAUACGACCGUAAAAUGGCUGUUAACGUUUCUAUCUUUGUGUUAAAAUGUGAAAUGUUACAUCUAAAACCCAGUAAGGGACAUUGUGGGAUUUGUGUUAAAGAUUAGAAGUUUAAAUGAAUUUUACUGACAGAAACUGCACUGUAAAGACCGGUGAUAAUAUGCAACCACCUGCUCUCAAAACACAUUUUCUCAGAGUGAAAUCUUAUCUUUACAUUAAUUAAAGGUCACAUAUUAUGCAAAUUACAAAAUGCAAGUUUUCUAUCAAGAAUAUGUGUCCCUAGCCUAUCUACAAACCCCCCAAUGAUGAGAAAAGUCCAUCCUCUCCGUCUUUUGCCUGCUCCACUUUUCACAAAAUGUGUGCUCAAACAGGCCGUUUGGAGAUUUUCCCUUCAUGACAUCACAAAGGGCAGUAACCCAGGUGGGUGACACUCCCACAGCUAGGUGUUUGUUCUGCCCUCUGAGUCUGCCUUCUCACCAUAAACAAUAGGACAUGGAGCAAGCAAGCCCAAAGCACAUCCCCUUCCAGAGAGGGGGCGUGGUCAGACACAGCUCAUUUACAUUUAAAGCUACAGACACAGAAACAGCCUGUUCUGAGCAGGGCUGAAAUAGAGGGGUUUAUAGGCAUGAUCAAAUACAGGAUCAGAGUGGAUUUAGAACAAGACACUUUAAAGACAUUAUUUGGGGAGCUCUGAGACUUAUUUAAACUGGUUGAAGAGGAGAAUAAUAUGUGACCUUUAAACAUUUACGGCGGGCAGCUCUGAGCACGUUGUAGCCUGAUGUUAACCGUCUGUGUAGCCACUGCUCUCUUCUUCCAAAAGGUGAAUUUCUUUAUACAAAAUCCAAUCAGCAUGUAGCACCAUCAUCUGGAAUGUCAUUUCCAAGUUUUAUGUAUAUAUUUUUUGCAUUUUCUUCACUUUGUGAAGAAAUUAAGUGAUGUUGGUCCAUCCAAUAGUUUGGUCAAUGGAUGAUUCUUUAUGGUUUUAAUAGCCGCACGUCCCUCCCUCUAACACUGGUGAUGUGUAGAAUAUAAUUACUUUUCAUGUUACUGACCCUGAGACGAACCAGACAGAAAGUCCAGUGUCAGCACCGCACUAUCAGACCAUAGAUGCUGUUGUUUUGUUUUGUUUGUUGGGUAUCCAGCAGUUCUGUUUCCUCUCUGCUGUUGUUGAGCUGGACUCUAAAUGACAGUGGAGUGAACCAGUAGCAGCUCAUGGUGCUCAGAAAAACCAACCAAUCAGCUUUCUGUUGAUCCUCAUCCAACCAAAUACCAGCCGAGGUUUAAUGAUUUAGCUGUGUGUAUGUAGCUCAGUCUAGAGGUCUUCACAGGUCCAAAAAUCUUGGGUCAAAUUAAAAACGCCCCAUUGUACACUACCCGAACCCUACAUGCAAAUAUGAACGAUGCUGCACUUACAUUAAAGAGAAUGACAACAAUGAAAUCCUGACAGACCUGAAUAGACUGACAUUAACGUGGACCGCCUGGCAUCUUGUUUGAUAGGACCUGAGUGGACCUGUGAAGACCUCUGACUGAUCUGUUCAUGUUAUACUGAUGUACAAUCAGAAACUAAAUGUUUGCUGUAAAACCUUGACGAACAACAAACCAAAUGUUUCAAGCAUGCACUCAAAGAGGUCGACUGAUGGGAGUUUUUUUUUUUUUUUUGGAGAUGAUAAAAGUAUUUACAUUUAGUGGGCUGUAAUUAAUUGUUUUUGUGUACAUGUAGAGCCAACUGAAGACUUGAACUAGCAAAUGUGCAUGUUUUCACAAAAAAUAGAUUGCAGGAAAUUUGCUUAACUAAAAUAAUUCUUAGCAAGUUAUCUAGCAAAUUAGCUAACUGCUAAAAUGCUUCUAAAUGGCUCUAUUUAGCCAUGAAAGAGCCAAGCUCAGUUGCUCUAAGGCAGAAGCUAGCAUUUUCAACCAGAACAGCUAGCAUUCAAGUUAGCUUGAUUAGCAAGUUACCUCCUAGCUAAUCAGGCACACUAAAAGUUCUGCCAGAAAAGGCCCGGUCUUUGUAGCCUACUUGAUAAUGACACAGCAAAAUUCAUUCAACUCACAGGGCUAAAAAGUGAACUGCUGUAUCUCGCAAGCUUACAGUUAAAAGCUAGCAAGCUAGGAACAUGCUAGUUCUACUCAAUCGCAGUAGCUAUUUGCUAAUACGGCUCUGCUAGGCAGAGACAUGUUAACUCAUGUUAUGAAUAAAAUGAGAACUGAACAGUGGAAACAGCAUUUUGAGUUAGGAAGCUAGCUAGCCGUGUUGCUAACAAAGUUCAUUUAAAAAAUGACUUGAAUGACGAUGGUUCUGUCGAGAAGAAGUUUUUACGAGGCGGACAAAGUUCAACUAAAAUUGUAAGAGUCACAUAACUGAAAAGUUAAGCUAAGAGAGCAGGGUGAUAACGCUGAAGUAACAGAUGUUGUUGCUGUGGUGACCAGGUCCUUAAAGCAACUCAGUGAAGUGUUUGUAAAAACUAUAGUAUAAGUGAACAAGUAGGAUUAGAGAUAAUAAAUGAGAAAAUCACUAGUGUAUUAGCUGUUCAGCCAAAAACAUGUAGGAUGUAGGAUGAAGGAUAAGCAUUACAAAUUAUUAUUUUAUAUUGCUAAUAAAUCUAAAUCUUUCUGAUCAUCUCUAAUAUUUCAGAAUAAACUCAAAGUCCGGUGAUUCUUCAAACUAUUUUUUGCUUUUUAUGUAAUUAAAACAUUUUUUUAAUUUAGCUUUCAAGUAUUAGAUUCUCCCAAUUUAAACCUCUCCAGCUAACAAAGAAUAUUAUUUGUCUUCAUUAGUGUUGUUUAAAUGUGACCCUGAAAAGUAGUUUGAUCGAGUAAAUCAGUCGACCUCGAGCUGUUAUCUGAGCUGUAACUGAUCUUUACCUUCUCCUGUAGCGGGCUCAUUAUCAGGAAUAAAAAAUAAAUUAAA